UUCAGUCUCUUUCUCCUUUUAAUUCUUUUUUUAAUAUCAACUACCUCGACGCUGGAAUUUUGUGCACGGCAGUUGUUGCUGACUUUUCGUUGAUUGAGGUACAUCGGGAGAAACAUGAGGCUCUCAUUCACCAUACUACUGGGGCUGUGUUUAAUGGCUGGCUGCAGGUCGGCUGAGGAGGAUUACGAGUAUGAGGAUGAGCCAGCCCCUGCCCCAGUGACCCCGGCACCUUCUAAACCCGCUGGAAGACUUGGGGGUCUAUUAUCUCCACGUGCCAGGGCACCUGUAGGCAGAAAAGCUACUCCGGCAUCAACAACACCAAAGCCAGUUGAGCAACCGGUUGAAGAAGAGUUCGACGAGGGUGAAGAGGUAGUGGAUGAAAAUCAAGAGCCAGAAGAAACAUCAACGACCACCACUGAAGCAACUAAAAAGCUCCGUGCUGGAGGAGUUAGGCCGUUCAGAUCGAAUGAGGAUCUUCUAGCCGCUCUUAAACGACGAAGGGCUGAAGUGGGAACACAUAAGAAAGAACAUCCGACAACGCAGACAUCUGCAGACUCUUCAACAUCGAAGUCAAAAGCCUCGGGGCGUAAGAAUAACGAAUCAACGACGAGAGCACCAGCUCGCGGUAGAUUUGGUGGCAGCACAAGAGGAAAAAAUACUGAAGAAGUUCAAGAAACUCAACACGAAGAAAUCCAAGUGAAACCCAAGCCGUAUCGCAGAGGUUGAAAAAAAAUCACAAUUAAUUCCCAAUAAAUUUCAAUUGCCUCUUCCAAAUAAUUCAAUUGAGCUCAAACCCCUGAAACCAACUCAAUCUAUCUCAUUGAGUCUUGCACAGAGGACUCUCCUUUAUUCUUCCAUUCCAUAAUUCGCACUCUACUCCCCUCGAGGCCUGCUUCUCCUCAAAAUCCUCCCCCCACUCCUCAUUUAUCGUUUAUCCUCCUCUGUGACGUCUUGCGCUGCGGAGUGCGCAGUGAGUCACAGACGGUUAUGUUCUUCUCCUCCCACUGGCGCGAUCAUCCCCACUAUUCCCAGCUUUCCCUUCUCUCAUGCCGCCUGAACUGGCGGAGUGGGGGUCUCUCCUUUACUCGCAUUUCACAUGAAAUCGCUUCAAGGACACACCUCGAGCUGUGGGAAUUAAGAAGAGUCCACUGUACUUUGUCAUUACCUAAUUGUGACUUAUUCCGCAGUUGAAUUAUUGUUCUCAAUUGUACCGUUUUGUUUGAAUUUUCUGUCCUCUCACUGAUAUCAUGUGAUAGAUCCCUUUGAACAUUCGGUUGAUUUCAUAAAUUUCGGAGAUGAAUACUACUAUCAAUGUGAUAGACGUUUCUAGUAAUUUCGACGUCGUACGAUGCAAUUCUGACUCCCCAACACCAGAUUCUCUUGUUUUUUAAAUAGAGGACGUUAUCAUGUACAUAAAAUGAUUAAAUUACCGUCCAUUCUUUUUUUAAUAUUAAUGAUAAAUUUUUGUAUAAAUGUAAAUUAGUGAUAGUAAAAAAACAAA